ACUUCUUCUCACACAUCAUUGCAACAACGUUCAAGCCACGACUCCAAUUCCGCCACCAUGGACGCAAUUAAGAAGACAUUUGCUCAAUGCAAGAAGGAGGGGAGGUCUGCCCUCGUCACCUAUGUGACUGCGGGAUAUCCUACUGCUCAAGAGACCCCAGACAUCAUGCUUGGAAUGGAAGCUGGUGGUGCCGAUGUAAUUGAGCUUGGAAUGCCUUUCACGGACCCCAUCGCGGACGGACCCACGAUCCAGAAAUCCAACACGCAAGCCCUCAAAAACGGCGUCACCACCGAAUCAUGCCUCCAGAUGGUGCGUGAUGCGAGAAAGCGAGGCCUCAAGGCUCCAGUCAUGUUGAUGGGAUACUACAACCCGCUGCUGAGCUACGGCGAGGAGCGUAUGCUGCAAGAUGCCAAAGAGGCCGGUGCCAACGGCUUCAUUAUGGUUGAUCUGCCCCCAGAGGAGGCUCUCCGCUUCAGGAACUUUUGCACCAGCUACGGGCUGUCCUAUGUUCCUUUGAUCGCCCCCGCUACGUCCGAACACCGCAUGCGCGUCCUUUGCAAGAUCGCCGACUCUUUCAUCUACGUCGUCUCCCGUAUGGGUGUGACUGGUGCCUCCGGAACUAUGAACGCUGCCCUCCCACAAUUGCUUGAGCGUGUCCACAAAUAUUCGGGCAACAAACCUGCCGCUGUCGGAUUCGGAGUGAGCACACGUGAUCACUUCUUAAGCGUGGGCAAAAUUGCCGAAGGUGUCGUGAUUGGUAGUCAGAUCGUCAAUGUUCUGGCUGCAGCCGAACCAGGGAAAGGAGCCAAGGACGUGGAAGAUUAUUGUGACAAGAUUUGCGGAAAGAGCAGCCGGACCGACAGCACUACCCGCGAGGUUGGCAUUGUGGAAACCAUGGCCAAUGCUGCAGAGCCCAAUGGAGUCCACGUCGACAAGGUCAUUACCGAUGCCGACGUGCCUAAUGGCCCCGGUCUCGCAGAUCAGAUCGAAGCUCUUAAUGCCGACGAUGUCACGAGUGAAAACGCGCUUCCUGCCCGUUUUGGUGAAUUCGGCGGACAAUAUGUCCCAGAGUCGCUUAUGGACUGCCUUGCUGAGCUGGAAAAAGGCUUCAACGAGGCCAAAGAAGACCCAAAGUUCUGGGAAGAAUACCGCUCUUAUUACCAUUGGAUGGGACGCCCCGGGCACUUGCAUCUUGCUGAACGCCUUACUGAACAUGCUGGUGGAGCCAAUAUCUGGUUGAAGCGCGAAGAUUUGAACCAUACCGGGAGUCACAAGAUCAACAAUGCGCUGGGCCAGGUUCUGGUUGCCCGAAGACUUGGAAAGACGGAGAUUAUUGCAGAGACGGGUGCUGGCCAGCACGGUGUGGCGACUGCGACCGUUUGUGCCAAAUUCAACAUGAAGUGCACCAUCUACAUGGGCGCCGAAGACGUCAGGCGCCAAGCUUUGAACGUCUUCCGUAUCAAGCUUCUCGGCGCUUCGGUGGUGGCAGUCGAAGCUGGCGCGCAGACUCUUCGCGAUGCCGUCAACGAGGCCAUGCGAGCCUGGGUUGUCAAUCUCUCCUCGACCCAUUACAUUAUUGGAUCGGCGAUUGGACCCCAUCCUUUCCCUACUAUUGUUCGUACGUUCCAGUCUAUCAUUGGCAACGAGACAAAGCAGCAGAUGCAGGAGCAGCGCGGCAAGCUACCUGAUGCUGUCAUUGCUUGCGUUGGUGGGGGUAGCAAUGCCGUUGGCAUGUUCUACCCAUUCUCCAAGGACCCAUCCGUCAAACUCAUUGGCGUGGAAGCUGGAGGAGAUGGUCUUGACACAACUCGCCACAGUGCCACAUUGACCGGAGGUUCAAAGGGUGUCCUCCACGGUGUACGUACCUACAUUCUUCAGGACAAGAACGGGCAGAUUAGCGAUACUCACUCUGUAUCUGCGGGUCUUGACUACCCCGGUGUUGGCCCCGAACUUGCCGCCUGGAAGGAUAACGAUCGGGCCAAGUACAUCGCCGCUACGGACGCUGAGGCGUUCAUCGGCUUCCGUUUGAUUUCGCAGCUAGAAGGUAUCAUUCCUGCCCUUGAGACGGCGCACGCUGUGUACGGGGCUAUCGAGACUGCAAAGACGAUGGAAAAGGGCCAAGAUAUCGUCAUUUGCUUGUCUGGAAGAGGUGACAAAGACGUGCAGAGCGUCGCUGAGGAGCUGCCGAAGUUGGGACCCAAGAUCGGAUGGGACCUCCGCUUCUAA